AUGUCUAUUCUGUCGCUCAAAGAAGUUAAAGUGCGACUCGCAGAAGCCAAGCUGUGGCAAUUGCUUGGCAAAAGGCGUCGACUGCCAACAAAUCAACGCAUUAAGCAACUAGAACAAGAAAACGCUAUUCUUCGCCAACAAUGUACCCGUCAGGGAAAUACAGACGUUGGAAUUCCUGAAAGACAUGCUUUGAUUCCAACUGAAGCUUCCUUGGCGUCGCUCAGUCCAGCACAAAGUAGGGUCACGGGCUCGAUAUCCCACCACGCUGAGCCUUCCCCGAGCGAUCAUCACUCGAGUAGAGGUCGGGAUACGUCUCAUCCGGAGGUACCCGAUAGCGAGAAUCAUCGCCACAGUACUUCAUUAUAUCACGGGCCCACCAGUACGGUUUAUGAUGACACUGCACAUUCAGGAGCUGAUGGAGAAGACUCGGAAGGGUUUGACUCUCCUGUGAGCGAAGAGUGGGCUCGGCAUCUCCUCUUCGCUCAAACCGCAAGGCAAAGACAACUUGAGCCAUUGAACCUCGCAGCUGGGAAGCUCGACUUUGAUGGGCUCGAUCCAGAAAUUGGCAUGCACUUGCUGACGAUCUAUUGGAGUCGCCAACUCUACACCGCACAGAUCACAUAUCGCCCAGUAUUCAUGCGAGACAUGGCCUGUGACGGCCCUUAUUUCUCAAAACUUCUACUGAAUGCAAUCUUGUUCACCGUUUCGAAGCACUGCCCUCGGCCUGAACUACGCUCUGACCCUGAUGACAUUACCACUGCAGGAUGGAGGUUUCGUCAACGGUUCACCGAACUCCUGCGAGAGUCGUUUGAUAAGAGCGAGAUCACUACACUGCAAGCAUUGAUCAUUAUGUCUAACUCACUGUUCUCAAGAUGCGACGAACGCAGUUUGUCUUGGCUUUAUGCUGGAAAUGCAUUCAAUAUGAUCAUCGACCUUGGUCUGCAUGUUCUCCCAUCGCCAAACAAGAUGUCUGCAGAGGAACUUGAAGUUCGGAAGCGUGUUUUAUGGGGUGCUUACACGAUCGACAAAAUCCAGUGUCUUCUCCAGGGCAGGCCACCUCUACUUCGCCAAAUCAAUUUCAAGGCUUCCCUGAAUUUUCUAGACGAGUACGACGAGCUCGACACUUUCAAGGAUAUCACAUACAGUGCAACUGAACAACGGUCUGCAAUACCUUCGCUCAACGUAUCGCUCUUGACAAAAUUAUGCGAAUUAUCCAUUAUUUCCGAGCGCAUUCUGUGCGAACUCUACUCCGAGUCGCAGAACAUGAGCCAAAGUCAAAGCCAGAAGAUCUCGGCAGACAUCAGCUCCGAUCUCAGUAAAUGGCGCUCGAGUCUACCGCCCCAGCUCGACUAUAUCUCAUAUCCCAGAGAGUCGGUCCUUUUGCCUCAAGCAUUUUGUCUAUUGGCACUCUCAUGCGUUCUUACCAUCCUCUCUCAACGGCCAUUAUUCAUGGGCAGUCAUCCCGGUUGCACUCGAAAUUCAGCCACUGCAUAUGAGGCUGUUAGCAUGUGCACCGCAGCUGCCAAUCAAAUUGUCCAAAUUCUACGUGACUACUCCCAGCACUUUUCCAUCACUACCGCCCCAUACAUGCUUUCCUAUGCGACAUAUAUCAGCGCCACCAUCCACGUCAGAAUAGUCGCGCAGAAGGGACGGGGUUCGAAUUCUUUCCAGUGCCUUUUACUUUGUCGCAACGUCCUCCGCGAACACUUACGGCUCUAUGCAGCGGCUGGCAAAGCUAUGGCCAAUCUUGAAAAACUCGUGGCUCAUCUUGGCAUUGUCAUCACCGAAGGGGACGAGGCGGGCACUUCGAUGAUUAGCCUUGCAGAUGAUCUACCCGCACAGGAAACUAUCUCAGCCCCUAACCUUUCAAAUGCCUCCGAUCAGACUAUCGACAUAGGAUCUCCACAGUUGAACUGGGGUCUAUCGGAUCUUGAUCUCGAGGCAAUCGCCCAAAGUUUCCGGCUUGAUUCAGAAUUGCAUUAUCUAAUGCACCCGGUUGGGAUCUGA